ACAUUACGACGGUUCGGAACGUAACGGAAGAGUUAAACACUUUAACACAAAUAAGAUAGGAAUAUGGAGUUUCUGCAGGGAAUUGUCUCUAAAGUAAAACAAAAACUGGGCAAAAACGGAAAAGUAGCCAAACAUGAAACAGCCAGCGAACAGAUGGCCGUAAUUUUGGAGUUCGUCCAUAACUUCGCGUAUCCCUUGGGAUUUGAGCUAACAAACGAAUGGCAGUUCAGUCUCAGAACCGCGUUCAAUGUGUUUGUGAAGUGGUUCACCUGGUUUCUCAUUGUUUACACAAUUUACUUGGACUUCCCGUCCUUGGAUGAUGUUGUUGUGCUGGGUGGCACCUGUGUACACAUAAUACACACGGCCAAAUUUGUAGUUGUCGUUCUCAACCACAAAAAGUUCAUGUCGCUGCUCAAUUUCAUACUCCAAGUGUACGAAGUUAAUGUGACGGGAAACAGAGAGUGGAUCCUAGCGAAGAGUGGGAAAACGAUUUCAUAUCACUUUAACUGUGUCAUUGUCGGCUCAGUGGCAGGAGCCGGUCUAUAUUCGUUUUGGCCAUGUUACGAUUUUCUAGUUAAUGGAAAUCUGACCAAAGUUUCUCCAUUGAUAAUACCAUUUGUGAAUGACGAACAGCUUAAAGGAUAUUUAAUCGCAACAGCUAUAAACAUCGGCCAUGUAGUCUUCCACAUUUUGGGCACGUUUGCGAUGACUUGUGUAUUCAUAGUGUAUGUGGACGUCUAUGAUGACCUGGUCUCUCUGAUCGAGGACGACUUUAAAUUGUUUGACGCAAUGUCUGAGAAGGGGGUUAAUGACUCCGAGCGCCAACUAGCGUUUAGAAAUAUGAUCAAGGAGUUAAUGGACUUAGCAAGAUACAAUGCGUACAUGAACGAACUAUUUACUGACAUUGCAACCGUUGAAUGUGUAUGCUGUUAUAUUGGUACUGUAGCUUGCCUAUUCGGUUAUUUUGCCGUUAAUUUUACGAACGGAAUUGGCGCAAUUGCAUAUUUUGCCACCGAAUUGUUGAUGGUCUGCUAUAUCGGGCAAUUAGUUGAUAACACGACUCAGAGAAUAACUGAAGUAAUCAACAACACAAAGUGGUAUAUUUACGACGUAAAAUAUCAGAAGGUCAUACUGUUGGUCCUGAAUAUUGUUGGAAGAAUCCAACCGAUUCUAAUCAUGAAGUUGCAUCCGUUAAACUUUGCAACUGGCCUAAUGAUAAUCAAGAACAUUUACAGUUUAACGAUGUUCAUGCUAAACUUUCUGGAGUGAUCUACCGGAAAUUGUCUCACAUGCCUGUGGCACCG